AUGGGGAUAGCCGUGGUGGCUCCCGUCGCGGCGGCCUACUCAUGCUCCUCCUCCUCCCUCGCCGCGCCGCCGAGGGCCGCCGCCGCCGCGGCGAGGGCGCCGAGCCGCGCGCACGUCGCGGCGGCCGGGAUGUCCUCCAGGUCGUCCUCUUUCGUCGGGGGCGGCGGGCUCGCGGCGGUGGCCGCGUCGGUGGCCGCGCGGCCCAGGAGGGGGGCGGGCUCCGUGGGAGGCGGUGCGCUCGGGUGCAAGUGCCUCUUCGGGCUCGGGGUGCCGGAGCUCGCCGUCAUCGCCGGCGUCGCCGCGCUCGUGUUCGGGCCCAAGCAGCUCCCCGAAAUCGGCCGCAGCAUCGGCAAGACCGUCAAGAGCUUCCAGCAGGUGAGGGUUGGGGCAUGA